AUGCCAUUUGCCAAAAGGAUCGUGGAACCUCAGUUACUGUGUAGGCAUUCCAUUCCCAAUGACGAGGGAUUGCUUUUCGAAGACCUGUGCACCAUCAGCAAUGUGGUUCUUUCCCGAACCCUACGACAGCUCUCCGACCUGGCCAAACAUGCCUGUUCGCUCUUUCAGGAGCUGGAGAACGAGCUCAUACUGACGAACCAGCGGGUCUGGGUACUGCAGGGUAAAAUAGUAAGGAUUCAACAGACCACCAGCGGAUUAGACCCCAAACAGGAGGCAGUGCCGGUGUCUAAUUUAGAUGUGGAGAGUAAGCUGAGCGGGCAUUACCAGGCACCUUGGCACCUCCAGCGGAACGUCUUCCUUCCAUCUACCCGCCCGGCCUGCGUGGAGGAGCUACACCGCAAUGCCAAGCACAGCCUGCGUGCACUGCACCGAGAACAACAGCAGGAGGCUAGCCACAGGGAGCGAAGGGUGACCAUCUCUCUGGCUCCCCCCAUGCCCAUCUACCCCUCCCCUCGCACCCUCCGAAAACAAGAGCAGAGGGCCCGCCACCUCCAGACGGAGAGGACAGAGAAAGACACAAACACUCAAACAGCACAAACACAGUUUGAGAGCCCCCGUUCCUCCUCUCCCACUGAAUGUUGCCACUUCUCCCCAUGGACCAGAAAGGUAUUGCCCCCUUCAGAGGUGGUGACACUGGGCCAACGCUCCAAGUGCCCCAUCCCUAACGUGCCCUCCACAUUGGACAAGCAGACCAACUGGUCUGGAGUCUUACCGCUGCCCACCCCAGACGAGAGGAUGAAAAGCAACUCCCAAGUCGUCACUUCAUGUGUUGUCCCGAUUAAUGUGACAGAAGAGGUCUCCGUCCCUGCUUCUACCCCAGCGAUAGCAGCCUACCUCAGUGUUGGAUUUGACAGAGAGGCCAGAGUGCGCUGUUCGCUUGUCCACUCACAGUCAGUCCUCCAAAGGAGAAGAAAGCUGAGGCGACGGAAAACGAUCACUGGCAUUCCCAGACGGGUGCAGCAGGACCUGGACUCUGACGAGUCACCUGUUGCAAGAGAGCGGACAGUGAUUGUUCACGUGAAUCCUGAUGUUUGUCAGGAAGAUCUUUCUCUCUCCCGCCUCAACACCAAAGAUUCGGGCUGCCAGACAGAGGAGACCCUGAUUGCUGCUGCACCUUCGCGCAGACGAAUCAGAGCACAGAGAGGCCAGAGUGUGACUGUGCCCCUUUCCCACUCUAUGGGCAACAUCUCUUCCUUGCCAGAAGACUCUGAAACCAUGCUCACUGCAUCUGUUGGGUCCCGUCUGCGCUCUCGAAGCCUACCACGUGAGGGUGGGCGACUCGUGGGUGAGGACCACGAUGACAGUGAUGAAGACGAUGAGGAGGAAGAGGAAGAGCUCUCCCCAUAUGAGGUAGAGGACUUUUUGCCUGGGACAGGGGAGCGGAUCCUGAAAGACGAGGAGGAGAGCACUGAUGACCAAACUGUGCCACAACGGCAACUUGGUAGUUUGAAGUUCAACCAGCAUGCUGGGAGCCCAGAGCAUGGCUGGAUGGAAAGAGGUCGUUCACGGCUCCCGAGGAAAACAGACAUGGGAAGCUGUGAGAUCUCCUCAAGCUCAGAUACUUUCAGCAGCCCCAUACACUCUGUUGCCAAUGCAGGUGUUCUCACAAGCCAGAUUGACCACAAGGAUGACCACCAGUCCUCAAGUGGCAACUGGAGUGGGAGCAGCUCCACAUGCCCGUCACAAACAUCAGAAACCAUUCCCCCUGCAGCUUCACCCCCACUGACUGGAUCUUCACACUGUGACUCUGAACUGUCGUUGAACACAGCUCCUCAUGCCAAUGAUGACUCAGCUGGCUUCAUUAUUGAUCCCUACCAACUGGAGAGGCCACAGGGCAUUCAGGAUCACAGGACUGGCUCUUUCACUUCCACAGCCACAGACCUGCUGGAUGAUGCAGGAGUCAGCACAGCCAGUGAAGGUGAGUGGGGGUACCCACACCAUCAGCACAACACAUCCUGCCACCACGAUCUGAGUCCUGAGCACACCAGGGAUGAGGAAGGCAGCUUAGAAUGCCCCAGUUUUGCCAGCAUAAACACAUAUGAGAGCUUCACAGACAGGCCACCCUCCGAGAAGGCUGAUACCACCUCUCACUUCUCUCUGGAUGCUGAGGGCUACUAUACCUCCAUGCACUUUGACUGUGGUCUUAAAGGUAGCAAAAGCUUCACUUAUAACUAUGCAGCUGUGGGCCAGCAUCAGGCAGACUACAGAGGUCACAUGACUCUUGGAAGACGCUGCCUCUCUCUAAGAAAACCAAAGGUGAGGCCAGCUCCACCAAAACGCAGUUCUUCAUUAAAGAAAAUUAGCAACCAUGGUGGAAAUGCCCCGGAUAAGAACGAACCAAAGAUAAGUGGUGGGCAGAACCUGCCAAUGUCUUCCACAGAGAGGAAGCUCCAGCUGGACUUAGCUGGUUCCUCAGGACAGCUUGAGGGUGAGGAGCCACUGGAGGCUUGGGGUAUAGAAAGCUCCAGGGAUGUUCCAGAUGCUGCCUUGUUUGGUUCCACAGAAACACACUCCUUCAAAGAUGAGGGGGCAGUGCAGUCUGACUAUGCAGACCUCUGGCUUCUAAAUGACUUGAAAUCCAAUGAUCCCUAUCGGUCAUUGUCCAACUCCAGCACGGCCACAGGUACAACUGUCAUUGAAUGCAUCAAGUCACAGGAAAGUUCAGAGUCACAGACUUCUCAGUCUGGUUCCAGGGCUACCACUCCUUCACUGCCCUCAGUGGAGAAUGAAUUCAAACUGCCCUCACCAGAGAAACUGGUUGGUUUGGCAUCGCCAUCCAGUGGGUACUCAAGCCAGUCAGAGACACCAACAUCCUCUCUACCAUCGGCAUUCUUCCCAAGCCCUCUGUCCCCCACCAGUGGGAAGCGGAAACCCAAAGUCCCAGAGAGAAAGUCCUCCCUUGCUUCCUUACAGCAUCAGUCAUCCAAGAGGGAUCUUGAGCUGCCAAUCAUACCUCCAACCCACCUCGACCUAAGUGCUCUUCACAAUGUGAACAGGCCUUCAGCACACAGAAACCAGAUGCACAUCCUUCAUCAGAACAAGCAGAAGACUGGAGCUGCCCAGGCUGAGGCCAGGGCUGCAACAGUUGCCAAUGCUGAGCUUUCAAGCAGCAGUCCAAUGGCCAUCACCCCUACAGUACUUCGCUCGGUCCAGCUGCGCUCAGUCGGCAGGCCCUGCAGUGACCAGUCUUAUGCUGAUGCUGCCACGAGACCCAAGUGCCACACUGUGACAAUCCCUACCAUGCCCUUGAGCAGCAACUCCCAAGAGAGCAGGAAACCCCCACCCUAUAGACCUCUCCAAACUGAGUGCCCAUCUCAGGACUACUGUGAAACACUGUUUACCCCUGGCAAUGGACCUGUCAUGAAGGAGGGAAUAAGUCAAGGUAGCACAAGACAUAGAUAUGACAGGAUUGCUCCAUCAACUCUUUGGAGUGUGACUGCAUUCAGAGCACCACUUGAUCAGGCACGUCCAGAUGACAGCACAUCAGAAAUCAAAGCCUUGUCAGAGAGCCAUGAAGGUGAUGAGGGAGAGACGCAGACACUAGAGAAUGCUUCUAAGGGUCUCUCACCUCAGGACAGCUUGGAGAUAAAGCAGAGCCAGCCAUCCCAGUCUGAACCAACCAGUGAAUGCCCCUCCUUGUGUCAGACAACAGCAAGCUCUUCAUCAAGUCAGCACAGUAUAGCCAAGAGGUCUCACAGUCUUGACCAAGUGCCUGAUAUUAUCUGUCAAUCGCAAACAUCACAGGCUUACUCAAUCAGUGAUGCUGGUAAGCACGUGGAGGAAUAUGUGACGUCAGGUGUUCCAACCAGAAGUGCCUCACAGGACAACAAGGAGGAGGGCUCAACUCCAGAUACAGAGGACUACUUCAGUAAAGAGUCUUCACCAAGUGAUAGCAUACUGUCCCCUCUGAAUGAUGAGGCUAAAACAGAAGAUGACGGUGUUUUCCUUUCACCCAGUAAAACUCGUACAACAGAGGAUUUAUUUGCGAUGAUACACAGGUCAAAAAGAAAAGUGCUGGGCAGGAAGGACUCAGGGGAGCUGGCUGCGCGGAAUCGUUUGGGUGCUGCUUCAGGGAAUGGCCCAACCACGAAUUUUGUGACCUCACCAAACAAUUUGGUCUCCCCUACAACUCCUACCACUCCAACAGGCUCACAGAGAACACCGGGACCCAUUUACAGGAGCGCCAAAAAGUCCAGCACCUCCAAUGAAGAAUUUAAACUACUGCUGCUAAAGAAAGGCAGUCGAUCUGACUCUAGUUACCGUAUGUCGGCCACAGAGAUCCUGAAGAGCCCCAUUGCAACCAAACCCCCUGGGGAGGUUACAGUGGACAAUGCCAGGCAGUCUGGAGAGCCCACAUCACCCCAGCAGCAGCAGUCAAUAGCAAGUACACCUGAGCAGCUCCCAAGCCCUUUUCCCAAGGCCAACACAGAGGGAUUCUCCACCAAAGUUUUCCCUACAACAGCUUCAUCUAGACCUGGUCGCUCAAGAAUACCACCUGCUGCUAACAGCAGCCGUUAUAGUACUCGCAGCCGCCUAUACACAGCACCCAUGCAGGCAAUAUCUGAAGGGGAAACAGAAAACUCUGAUGGAAGCCCACAUGACGAUCGAUCCUCCUAA